UCAAACAAGUAUCGUGGAGAGUACAUAACGGUAGGCAGCGGUUGGUCUGGCUGUUUCCUACUUCAGUGGUCUGGCUGUGCCCCGAUUUGUGAAUUAAAUUAAUGUUUUUAAAAUGUCAAUGUCAAAAAUACACAUUGUCAAAUGACAAAAGUUCACGACUGAUUUUGACUUGAGAGAUACAGUAAAUAAUAGGUUAUUUUAUUACCUACUUCGGAAUUUGGCACAAUAACCACUUUUAGAAAUCUACUUCCACUAUUCGAACGAAAUCAAUGAUAUAGAAUAAAAAUUUACUGCAAUGGGCUCACUUUCUAGAUUUCAUAAAAUAGCCCUCAUCAGCUUAGGUGCUGUAGGUGGUGGUUUAGCGUACUAUCAGAUAAACAGCGGGAAAAAUGAGAAGAAAUACGGUGCUUAUAAUUCAUGGACUACAAAUUUUACUCCAAGCGUGAAAUGGGACAAGAACUGGGACCAAGAACCAGAGUCGAUAGUUAGACCAAAAAGGUCAGAUGAACCAGAAGAAGAGAACAAAUACAAUGAGAAAUUGGAAAAAGCAAGAAGCAAAGCUGUCAGACAUCUAUUCCUGAUCAGACAUGGCCAGUACAAUGUGCAGGGAGAAACAGACAAAGAAAGAACCCUCACGGACCUAGGUAGAAUCCAAGCAGACCUAACAGGUCAGAGACUAGCAUCCUUAGAUAUAAAAUGGGAUCUACUUGUUAAAUCUACAAUGACAAGAGCACAGGAAACUGCUGCCAUUAUAGCAAAGCACUUAGACAAAGAUAUUGAAGUUAAAGAUUGUCAAUUAUUAGAAGAAGGUGCUCCGAUACCCCCUGAACCUCCCGUGGGACACUGGAGGCCUGAACCAAGACAGUUCUUCCAGGACAGCGCAAGAAUCGAAGCGGCGUUCCGGAGGUACUUCCACAGAGCUCCCCCGGAACAGACCAAGGACACCUACACGCUGCUCGUGUGCCAUGCCAACGUCAUACGCUUCUUUGUGUGCAAAGCCCUCCAGUUCCCGCCCGAAGGCUGGCUGAGGAUCUCGCUGAACCACGCCUCGAUAACGUGGAUCUCGAUAAUGCCGAACGGGAACGUUGUGCUCCGCUCGCUCAGCGAUACCGGCCACAUGGAACCUAAAUACAUAACGAGCCGGUAAACGUUGCUCACACGUACAAUACCAACAUUGAGAAGUGACGUCAUGUUAAAAUUGUAAUCAAACAUUUCGGCCGGUUGCUCUAAGUUAAAAACCGCGCAAAGGAAAUUAAAUUCGAACUAGAAUACAAUUUCGAGUUGUAAAUUGAAUUGCCAACGUCGACUUUUCGAAGUUUGAUAAUUUCCCUAUAAAUUUCGGCAGUGUUGCAAGCGCUACGAUCACUGGUCGAUUGAGUGCAGGCAGAAUGUUUGAAGCAGGCAAAUGUCUGCCCUAACUCUAGUCUGGUUUUCGUCCAUGGUUCAUUUCGUUAAAGGGAGCCACAGCUCUGAAGAACCGGCGAUACAAACACAGCGGUCUUCUGUUUUUUCUUAUAACAAACAGUAAUGCAUAUAUAAUAGAAAACUCGAUCUAUGAAAUUGAAGAAGCUAAACAUUAUUUCAAAUUCAUUGAAAUUUGUUCUUAUCGCGAAAUGGAAUUCCCAAGAAUAAUUUUAUUAAUAAUUAUAUUUAUUAUUAAUAAUUACAAUAAAAUAAAUGCAAACAAAAAAUAAGCAAAUUAUGAAAACGAAUUAAACUAGACCAACAAACGUAAACUAGAUUCGACUUUAUUGCAUACAGCUGAAGCUUUAAAAUCGCUUGUCACAGUAUCGUGUGUGAGUCAGAAGCGCAAACAACACCAGUAUGCUUAGUGCGAGUUUUUUAACGUUCUCUAUAGCGUAAAAGUGAAGUGAAAUUUCUAUGCAGUUGGAACAGCGCCCCUAGCGGCAAACGUAGGCAAACUAUCCAUACAAAUUUGACUUACUCGCACCAAGCACACAGAACCCGACCGAAAUAAACUUACAUUGCGGUCUAUAGUUUUAACAUGACGGCCCGUCUGUUAGGCAAGUAGUGGUUAUACACGGAGAUUGGUGGGUAGUUGGUUAUUAUUGUACGAACUCGACCGGGAUUACUUGUUAAUAGCUCUCGAUAAACUGUAUGUAUGCAUUGUCUACAGUUUUAAUCUAUUUCCACAAACGAACCGCACUGUUUUAUUUCUCGCCGGAUCUUCUCAGUGGGUCGCGUUUUCGAUCCGGUGGUAGAUUUUGCGAAGCACUGCUCUUGCUAGGGCCAGUGUUAGCAACACUCCGGUUUGAGCUCCGUGAGCUCACCUACACGUUAGGGCGAAGCUAAAAUAGCUUCUUAAGGCUAUCAGCAUAGGUAGGAAAAAAAAACUGUUUUAUCGAGAGCUGUCUGCAGUCACCGCGAUCGACAGCGAACACAUCGCCGUCAAAUAUAUUGAACAUAAAACGGGUUGAAAAACGUAAAUUUUAAAUGUUUAUAUAUCUUUGUAAUCGAUUGUAGGAGUACUGUGAAAGGAUCGCACGUAUCAACGGACGCAUUUGUAGAAUAAGUGCUAUUAUCAGGAAUAAUACCGUAUGCAGUUGUUGGUUAUUGAAAAAUAUAUGUAUCUGUAUUUUGUACCGUAUGUUCCAUGGGGAGUGCUCUGAGGAAUUGUUCGAGAUGAUACCGACAUCUCGUUUUUACCAUCGCACCGCCCGCCACCGGAGUAGAGUUCAUCCAUACUACCUGGAACCGCUGCGGUCAUCCACAGUGCGUUUCCAGAGAUCUUUUUUGCCACGUACCAUCCGGCUAUGGAAUGAGCUCCCCUCCACGGUGUUUCCCGAGCGCUAUGACAUGUCCUUCUUCAAACGAGGCUUGUGGAGAGUAUUAAACGGUAGGCAGCGGCGUAGCUCUGCCCCUGGCAUUGCUGACGUCCAUGAGCGACGGUAACCACUCACCAUCAGGUGGGCCGUACGCUCGUCUGCCUAUACGGCAAUAAAAAAAAUAUAUAUGUGUCAAUUAAAUCGCUUAAAAGUACUUAAUUAACUUAGAUUAAUGGCGACGCAUAAUGCGUUCGUAUACAGACACGACCGGACACGAACGAUAAUAAUGUUUAAAUGAAAACGAUCGUUCGAACAAUUUAUAUUUUAAAAUAUACUUAAAAUAAAUAAGGAAAAUAUAAUAAUUUUAAUAUUUUUUUUUUAUAUUAAGCUAAACAAUAAUAACAACACGUGACGUUAUAUGGGGCUGUUGUGUAUUACUCCGCGAUCGAUGUUUUGAUGAGUAAUUUGGCCUCAAAUGACGUCACACGCGACGUGACGUCAAAAGAUAAUUGUUAAGAAAAAAAAUAGCAGCUGUUCUAUUACUGCGUUUAGUUAAAUCAAUGUAUAUUGUAAUAAACGUAUUUAAUAUGUUGAAUAAUAUAUUAUAUACGCGUGUGAGGGAACUGUUGCUUAAACUACGGCCGGUAUAUAUUUAUAUUAGGGCUGUUGAACUUAUGAAGUUGCCGUGACUUUUUGGCGGGAACGCGAGGAGUGAAGUUGUGUGAUUUGUUUUAUUUUGUCGAUUAAGUGUUUCUUCAGUUUUAAAUGUGUAAUAACGGUGGUUUAUUAACUGUUAAGUAUCUGUGAAAGUGCACAAAUGUGGGAAAAAUGAAACAAAGCCGCUGAACGUAACUUCUCGGGAUCCUCCAAAAAGUCCACUGAAAAAGUCUCAGUAAAUGACCACCAUUUUACUGAGAUCGAAUUUCAUCCCAUAUUAUCUCAUUUCAUUUAAUUUCAUCUCAGUCGAUCAAUGUUUCAAAUUAAUCAUCUUGAAAUUCACUCCAUAUUAUAAUUUUUCAUAGGAAUAGGAAUAAUGUGAAUUAAAAUGAGACUUGACCUAAAGGUCUUAGCUACCAGGUCAUAAAAUCUCUUAAAAAGAAAAAAAAUUAAGUUACCGUUUGACAAUACUGGCCAUUUCAAAAGUAAUCUAUCUAUGGCUGUUGUAUGAGCCAAAACAACAAGAGCUCAUUGAAAGUACAGCAUCAUCUGAAACGAAGCUCUCCAGGUCGUUUCAAAUUGUUGACUUUGAGAGUAAACGACUAAGGGAAGAUCUUCCACAGAGUAGGUUAAAUAUCGCGGUAGAGCGACGGUCCAAAUGUUGUUUCUCGGAACUGUGUAGCACAUUUGCAAGUUUACUGGUGGUAGGACCUCUUGUGAGUCUUUACUGUCGUGAAGUAGUAAUGCGUUUCGGCAUGAAGAGUGGGGCAGCCGUUGUAACUAACUAUACUGAGACUUUAGAACUUAUAUCUCAAGUUGGGUGCCGCAUUUACGCUGUAGAUGUCAAUGGGCUCCAGUAACCACUUAACACCAGGUGGGCUGUGAGCUCAUCCACCAAUCUGAGCAAUAAAAAGUUUAUCUUGAAACUGUGGUUAGGUAGAUUAAGGCGUCUGUCAAAUAUCUUGUGUUUUAUGAUGGGUGCGGCCAUAUUGAACUUUGCUGUUUUUGAUCGUAUUACAUUGCGCGCAAUAGAAAUAAAAUAAUAUUUCUCGAAAUACAUUGUUCGUUCUUCAUGUAUUUCUUAUUGUGUCUGGGUUCAACAGCAUCAUCAUCUCGCUUAGUUUCUCUAACGGUUCCCUCACGCCCGACGUAUUUAGAUCACGUAAUAAAAAAAAACAAUUUAUUCAUUCUAAGUGUAUCAAAUGUGCCUAUUUAUAGUAUUAGAAUGUGUCAUGCUAAAGAAAAUCAAUGAAUCGAUCCCGAAAUUUUCGUGCCGCUUACUAUUUUUGAACCAGUAAUCUUAGCUUGGGAUGCUCCAAGAAGUAAUGUAUGAGGCCGUUAGCGCAAAAGUGGCCUAACCUUACCAUAGUUAGUAUGGAGAUAAUGAGGUUCGACAAUACUUCGUAGGCAAAAAAAUACGCGCUAAAAUGAUGUUUACAAAGGCAUCUAUUGUCUAUGGGUGAAACUAGGGAUAGUCCGAUUUUGCGUCAAAAUUUAUUAUGUUUUAAAUAAAUUGCAAUACAUAAGCACGAAUAUGAAUUGUGGGUUAGGCCACUUUUGCGCUGACGGCCUCAUAUAUCGUUUAAAAAAUGAUGUAAUUAACGACCGUUUGGUGUAGUGGUGACAUGGUCACUACACAAGGGGUCGCGGGUUCCAAUCCCGCCAAAGGAAGGUAUUUGUAUGAUAAAUAUAAAUGUCUUUUCCAGGGUUAUGGAUGUAUCAUAAAUAUAUGUAUGUGUAUAAUAAAAAUCUUACAUUUAUUUCCGUUAUCUGGUACCUGUAACACAAGUUCUUUACGAACUUAUCACGGGACGAGAUAACGUGAUGUGAUUGUUUAUAAAAAAAAAAUUAUAAUAAUAAUUUUACUUUAACAGGAAUUACGAACCUAUAAGUGACUAUAUGAUAAGAGAGUUGGCAAACGAAGACUUUUAAAUCAUUGUUAAGAUCUUGAAAGCGGAAACAGGAAAGGUUGGACUAACUAAACAGACAAUAUAUUAUGUCACUGGUUUUUAUUUGCCAUAAAUCAAUGUACAUUUUUUAAGGGAUUUUAUGACCUGGUGACUAAGACCUUUAAGUCAUGUCUUAUUUUUAUGGAAAAUGAUAAUAUGGAGUGAAAUGAAAUGAAAUGAAAUUAAGAUGAUGUGGGAUGAAAUAUAAUCUCAGUAAAAUGGUGGUCAUUUACUGAGACUUUUUCAGUGGACUUUUUGGAGGAUCCCGAGAAGUUACGUCAAGCGGCUUUGUUUCAUUUUCCCAUAUUUGUGUAUCUUAAUACGUAAUAAUACCUUAUGAUACGUAAUCUGUGAAAGUAAACACCACCGUUAUUACACUUUUAAACCUGAAGAAACACCAAAUAGACAAAAUAAAACAAAUCACACAACUUCACUCCCCGCGUUCCCGCCAAAAAGUCCAAUCAGUUUUCGGCUGUAAACUGAUUGGACUUUUUGUGAAGUUGUGUGAUUUGUUUUAUUUUGUCUAUUUGGUGUUUCAGUUCGUAGUCGGAAUUCAUGUAUGGUUCACAGUGACAAAAGCUGUAAUGCGGUAAAAAAUUUAGAAAUUCCGCCCAAAAUUGUGGACAUACUAGUUCGCCAAGCGAUUUAAUGCGAAGUGGCAGUGUAGGAGGGCUGUUGGUAUAAGAUAAACAUUAGACCUUUGAUUAAGGUACCUCUGAUUAAGGUACAUAUAUGUACUUGUAUCGAUUUUUGAAACUGAAAUCGUCAUAGUACAUAUCGACCCUUCAAAGGCAAACGUGACUAAGCGACAAUGCGUGAACUUUACAGUAGACUAAUUUAAAGUUGAAAUACCUGAAAACAAAAUUAUAUUUUAACGAACCUAGCUAGUAGAAUCUAGCUAGUAGCUGUAGGAUUGAAAUGAUUUGAAUAGACUUAGAAAUAUAUUUUUUUGCGCAUCGAAUAUGGUUAUUGCCUAUCAUUUAUGUACAAAGCAGUUAUUGUCGCUUAGUCACGUUUGCCUUUCAAGCAUCGAUAUAAUAUGUAUUGUGUAUUUUGUUACAUUUGUGUUGCGUUUGGAGUUAAGUUCAAUUUGUCUAGUUCGUUUUAAAAAUGUCUUAUUGUAAUAAAUCAAAAUAUUCUAAACCUAAUGUUACUAGUAGAGAAAUGUCAUUUUCCCUUGACGUAUCAACAUAUCGACAGCGAUAUAUGAUUGCUAGUUGAAAAAAUUAAAAGUUAUCCAUCCACUUCAUUAUUGAAUCGAAUAAAGUUUCAAUCUUUUUUUUGUCAAAAAUCUGUACAUACCGUGCUUUGAAUAAUUAAAAUAAUGUAGAUAAUAUUAUAUUAAAUAUUGAAAUAUGAGUGACAUUAAAAAUGAGCGGGUCUUGUUUAACGAAUUAAGCAGACAUUACAAAAUACAAUUGAAGACAUGAGUGGAUGAAGGGGAUGUGAUGCAAUUUGUUAAUUUUGACAAAACGGACAACAAAUUUUUGUUACUUUUUUUUUAUGGCGUAUAGGCAGACGUGCAUACGGCCCACCUGAUGGUGAGUAGUUACCGUCGCUCAUGGACGUCAGCAAUGUCAGGGGCAGAGCCAAGCCGCUGCCUACCGUUACUUGUACUUUUUCUUGGUACAUAACUCCUUUAUCACUCGAAAUUUCUAAAAAUAGCCUUUAAGCUCGUAGUUUUAUGGUCUAAUAUGGUUUAUAGACACAUAACAGCUUCAUUUAAUGUAAAAACUAAAAAUCUUAAAAAAGGUUUUUAACCCCUUCAUCCACUCAUGUCUUCAUCCCAUAGACAAAGCCCACUGAGUUUCUCGCCGGAUCUUCUCAGCAGGAGGCCUUUCCAGCUUCACCAGGACAGGUGGGCGAGCAUAGGCUCAGCCAGGAAGGGUGGGAUUUGGUAACGACUGCCCGAGCGCCUCCGAAGGAGACCUAACAACUCAAGGGCAGCUGCUUCGCGAAUGAAUCUACUACCGGAUCGGAAUCGCGACCCACUGAGAAGAUCCGGCGAGAAACUCAGCGGGCUGAUGCAUGGGUUAGGUUGCACGUCGAACUCUUUGUCGAGUUCGACGAGUACGGUUACCGGGGUUAAAGUAUAUGUAUUAAACAUUGACGCUAACGAAUAUAUCGUGUAGAACAAACAGAACACGUAUCGACUUUAUUUUGAUACGUUAAUAAAAUUUAUUAAAGUUGUA